GAAAGAACUCACACACACACACACACACACACACACACACACACACACACACACACACACACACACACACACACACACACACACACACAAGCGCGUGCGUCCUGAAAUGAAACAAUGAAACAUUCACCCAUGUCUUGAACACGUGUUAUAGGAAGAACUAAUCAAGACAAAUCUCCCCCAGUGACAAAGACCAUCAGCCCAGAUCAGCUUUACAGCUGCACCCAAAAAAGAAGGCAAUACUAAUUGAAACAUUGGCUCAUGACAAUUUGAUCCAGUGAGGUUUUAAUUGAGCAAAUCAAUCUACUGGUCAAACGGGGACGUGAAAAUCCAAGGUCCACCAUUUCGAUACAAAGAUAUACUAACCAUGUGUGAGCAGAUUGACCUGGAAGAAACAGCAACCCACACGGGUCCCAAGGGUGUUAUCAAUGACUGGAGGAGGUUUAAAUUGGAGAGCAUGGAGCAGGAAAACCUUCCACCUGCAAAACGGGAACUGCUCAGACAGAUGUCAUCCCCUCAUCGGAAAAAGGACGACUCUCGGGCAAAUCUUAACCGCAAGAUGAGUGUACAAGAGUAUGAAAUGCUCAAGGAGGAGGAUGAGGGCUGUCUCAAGAAAUACAGAAAGCGGUGCAUGCAGGAGAUGCAUGACAAGCUUAGCUUUGGGCCAAAGUUUGACGGCGUGCACGACUUGGACAGCGGAGAGGCGUUCCUUGAAGUCAUCGAGAAGGAACAUCACAGCACAGUGGUGGUAGUCCACAUCUAUAAGAUUGGAGUCAAAGGCUGUGAAGAGCUCAACAACUGCCUCAACUGUCUGGCCACAGAGUAUCCCACUGUUAAGUUCUGCCGGAUUGACGCAGUUUCAUCAGGUGCUGCUGAGAGAUUCUCAGAUGAGGUGUUGCCUACGCUUUUGGUCUACAAGGCAGGUGAACUGCUGGGGAACUUCUUGGCCUGCACACAGCACUUAAAUGAGGAGUUCUUUGCUACAGAUGUCGAGGUCUUCCUCAACAGCUAUGGUUUGCUGCCAGAGAAGGAGAUGCCUAUGAUGGAUGAUGAAGAGGAAAACGAUGUGGAGUAAAUGAUUCUUCGCGAAUGCCGAGGGGGGGGGGGGAAUCACUUGUUUGGGUGGUUGUAUGUAGAGUUCAUGAGCGUUAUUAGAAAAUCCUAAAAUGACUAAAAUCUGUGUUUGAGAAGAGUUCUCUGCGAAGGCUGUUAAUGUCUCAUUAUCAAAGGUUUCUCUGGCAUGUUGCCCUCAAAUCUGGUUUGACUUCAUUAGACUGGAUUUAAAUUAUAAUAGUACCACCACCCAAACAAAAACCAAACCCAAUUUGUGUUCAUAUAACUUUAACCAAAAAGGUAGUCUUUUGUUUUGCACUCUUAGAAUAUUUUACAUAUUAAGCAUUGAAAGUAUUUUAGCACUUUACUGGAUUGAUUAAUGACUCCUGAAUUUAUACUACGGCCAUUCAAUUUUUUUUGAUAGUUAACCAUAGGGCUGUUUUUAGUAAAUUUACCAAAGAAGUGUGGAUGUUGUAAUCGUAUUCAGGUAAAUGAGAAAUUCAUCUAUUUUAACAUACAGUAUUUUGUGCUUACAGUACAAUAUUUAGUAAAAGUGCAAAAUGAUUUGGGUAAGGAUCAUAUUUUGUUGAUGAUUACAGUACAGUAUACAUGAUCAGAAUGAUAAUUUUCCCAUAAUUUUAAAGAAUGAAACAGCAUGAAAUGUCUGUCUUGGUUUGUUUACUCUAAUCACAUCCAUCUGAAAAUCGAAAUCUUAUCUAUUGGGGCACUAUGUGCAGAAAAUGUUGUAAAAUGUCCAUUUUUAUGUCCAGGAACAUGGUCAACAUAAUGAGUGCAGGCAUGUUAAGUUUUUAAGUGAUUAGGUUCUUGCAGUUGUCCUCAGUAAGUUUUAAUAAUGCCACACCGUGAGGCAGUGGUUUGGAGCUCUGCCUCCCUGCCGAGAGGUUCUGCGUUCACUCUCUAUGGGUACUCUGUCUUCCUAUUCCAAAAACGGGCAUUUUAGGUCAAUUGAAGACUGUCAAUUGUCCCUCGGUGCAAAUGGUUGUUUGUUCCAAUGUGCCCUGCGAUUGUUGACUAAUCAGGGUGUACCCAUCCUCUCGUCCGUAGUCAUAAGGGAUUGAAGGAUAGAAAAUUGAGUGAUGGAAGAUUUAGUUUCAUUUUAUCUCCAGGGUCACGAAUAUUCUGUUUUCUUUGUUUUACCUUUUGGUGAAGAGAUGUGCCUGGAUGAUCAAUUUGCCAUUCUUCCCACAGAUUGCAAUAGAGUAUUAAACUCCCAUAUACUGCAA